AUGAAUCUCGUGAGGCAGCUCGGCCUGCCUCGCAGCAGUGCCGCCAUCAUCAUGGCGGCAUCAACCGCUACACUCACCGUUCCAUGUCGUGCCAUGCACGGCAAGCCGGCAUCGGGACACAAGGUACGCACGCAGCACAGCCGUCGCUGGUGGAUGCAGUCCAAGGCGCGCCACCUCACCGCCGUCCCGCAUGAAGAGGCUAGAUCACGCCCGCACUUCCCCGCCUACACCGAGGACGUUGACCAGCCAAUGGUCGUGCCCGACGGUGCGUGCUGCUUUAACUGCGAUAAACCGAUCGAUGGGGACGACAUCAACACCUACGUGUGGGUCCCGUCUGGCAAUGCACGGGUGCCGACGACGCAGGGGUACUUUUUCCAUGUGAAGUGCUUCAAGUGCUGGAACUGCAAGUACCGCAUUAUACACAACCAGUUCUACUCGAAGGACGGACGCGCGUGGUGUCUAUCGUGCGCGCUCGGACGCGACAUUCGGGUGCCGACGCGGCGCUGGCACACUUCGUACGUCAAUACACAUCGCACGGGCUCUCGCCUGACAGGGCAGUUCUUCCCUCGCCACCGCCAUCAGAUGGAGUUCCUCUUUAGCCCAAAAGAGUAG